UAGGACUUUUCAACUCUUGCAUCUGGCAUCACCAGUAAUCCGCGAUGCCAUCCUUAUCGCCCCUACAGCCUUUGAAUUUUCCCUGCAACCGUUGCUCUUUCCUUUCCCCUUCCAUGUCCAACCAGCACUGAUCGGCCAUCGGACCCCGGAAUCGGCAACUCCCCGCCAUGUCCGGUGGAUCGCGAAAGCCGGAAGCUCUGUUGCUGUCAAGGAUUGGUCUGCCAAGAGCAGUCUAUCGGCCUUACCAGAUGAGUCCAGGCCGAUGACUCCGCCGGCCAAAGCCUGGAGGGCCGGGACCCGGAGAGGCCGGAAACUCGGAACGGAGGAAGCCAAGGAGGAUAUAAACCACUAGCAACGACAUAACAAACAAACAAACACGGAGAAGUGAGCCCGCUAUUGGAUAUCUCAAUCCUCUUUUCACCACUCUACCUUUGUGAGGCAAACCACAAAGAUGACCAUCACCCUCCGCCCCGCCACCGAGGCUGACGCCCCUUCCAUCGCCCGCAUCGCCACAGCCGCCUUCGCCGACUCCCUCUCUCCCCUCAUCUUCCCGCGCUCCAAACUGGCUACGGCAACCGUCACCGAAGCCGAUCUGACCGCCGACGAGAUUACAUGGCGCACGUCCAUGUACAUCAAGCGGAUGCGCGAGGGGAAGCCGUGCGUGGUUGCCGUGGAUGUUGACGAAUCCACCGGUGAGGAAAAGGAAAUCCUGGGUUCUGCACACUGGCAAAAGCCGGGUCCUGAGGGACCAGAGGUGUUGGGGGUGGAGGUCAGGCCGGCGACGUAUGACAAGGACAUGUUUGCCAAAGUUGUCGAGAGGUUUACGACGAAGGACAAGGAGACUUUGGGACCAAGGGGACAUGAAGAUUAUUGGUAUGCAAUCCUGAUCAGUGUCGAUCCCAAGCAGCACAGGAGGGGAAUUGGUAGGAAGUUGCUGAACUGGGGGUUGGAGCACGCGAGGAAGGAGGGAAGGGAUGCGUACUUGACUGCUACCGAUGCCGGAGUGCCGCUUUACAAGGUUUGCGGGUUUCAGAGCAUGGAGACAUAUGAUUGCUACGGCGUGCUGCUGACGAGCAUGGUUUGGAGCUUGGACAAGAACCAGCAGUGAGUGUUGAAAGGAGCAAUUGGCUUGAAAAUGGCUGGGGAAGAUUCAAGGGAAGGAAGAAGUUAUCAGGGAUUGGAUAAAAGGAUGAAGGUGGACAGUCUCAACAACGACGACCGCGACUUCCUCUCAAUGAUCGAAUGCACCUCUUGGAGGAAACCGUACUCCGCAACUCAGCUUUUGGGCUUGGAGUUGCAGUCUUCGGUGGUUCCGACUUACAACCUAAAUACCUCUGCUGACGGUCCCUUCAACUUUUCUCAACUCAAAGAGCUCCAACAAAGGAUCCUUCUCCAUCGCAACGCUUGUGGCACCCCCUUGUCAUAACCCUCCCAGGAU